CAAAGUUUGCUGCUAAUCCUCGCAAGCGCUGUAGCAUGUGGCCAACGCGUUUAGCGUCUAGCUCACAGCUGUGGGCAGCUCCAGUGACGGCGACCACAGUGGACAACAACAGCAGCAGCGCUCCGCUCUUCGAGGGCUACUCGGAUGAGCUGCUGACCUUUGCCUGGGUGGCAUGCAUUGUGUUCAUCAUAGUCGGGGUGCCGGGCAACCUGCUGACCAUCAUUGCGCUCUCACGUGGCAAACAGACGCGCAACUCGACGGCCAUAUUUAUUAUAAAUCUUUCCUGCUCGGAUUUGCUCUUUGGCUGCUUCAAUCUGCCGCUGGCCGCCUCCACAUUCAUGCAGCGCGCCUGGACACAUGGCGCUCUGCUCUGUCGCCUCUUUCCGAUGCUGCGCUAUGGCCUCUUGGCCGUCUCACUGCUCUCGGUGUCGCUGAUAACCAUUAAUAGAUAUAUAAUUAUAGCACAUCCGCGACAGUAUCCACGCAUUUAUCAGCGGCGCUACUUGGCUUUAAUGGUGGCCAGCACCUGGCUGGUCACCUUCUCCAUUAUGAUACCCACGUGGCGUGGCGUCUGGGGUCGCUUCGACCUGGACCCCAGCAUUGGCUCCUGCUCCAUAGUGCACGACAAGUACGAUCGAUCGCCCAAGGAGUUCCUCUUCAUAGCCGCCUUCAUGCUGCCCUGCGUCUGCAUCGUCAUCUGCUAUGCGCGCAUCUUUCUGCUCGUGCGCCAGGCGGCGAUGCGUGCCGGCGCCAAUGCGGCCAAGAGCAGUGAACCAGUGGUCAAUACGCCGCCCAUACAAACGCAGAAAUCCAUUGACAAGCAAAAGGAGAAGCAGCAGCAGCAGCAGCAACAGCAACAGCAGGCGGAAGCAGCUCAGCCGCGUCCCUUUGUUGUAACCGAAGCCUUGGCCUACAUUGAUGACAACGCCUCCACGGCCAGCAUGCCCAUCUCCUACAGCAUUCAGCAAGAAUCGCCCAUUGAUGCCUAUGUGGUGCUAAGUGCCGGCAAUGCAGCAACGCCAGCGUCGCCCAUCCACGAGCAGCCGCCGCGCACUCCAACCAGCAAGAAUCCCAGUUCGAUGACCACCUCGUUGCGCACUUCGUUCACGCGCUUCAGUCCACGCAAAUCGCAUUAUGUGUCCAUGGGCAAUACCUCGAAUGCUUCGGCCAUUUAUCCGGGACGCAUGAGCACCAAGGAUCGUCGCCUGCUCAAGAUGAUACUGGUGAUCUUUGUUUGGUUUGUCAUCUGCUAUUUGCCCAUAACGCUGGCCAAGAUCUGGAAGAGCGCCAACGAUGUGCACGUGUUCAAUAUCAUGGGCUAUCUGCUCAUCUAUCUGACCACCUGCAUCAAUCCGCUCAUCUAUGUGCUCAUGAGCUCCGAGUACAGACGCGCCUACUGGAAUCUCCUGCGCUGCCACAAGACCGAGCAGCAGCAUCUGCCCAAGAAGAAGCAGCAGCAGCUCGACUCGCAUCGCGCGGCCAAAACAUGAGCGUCCAGCACUUAAUAAACUUCCGUCCUAGCAGCAAUUCCUUGCUCGAGAGAAAGAGAGAGCACAACGGCGUCCAAAGCUUUGCUCUUUGUUUUCCCGCGUGCCCAAACAAACAAUCGAUUGGCAAUAAUCGAUAAACAGCGAAUGCAAAUUUGCAUUUUUAUACCAAAUGACUUUAAUAUCUGAUUUGAUAUCCAUGUAUGUUUUUUGUUUUUU